GUUCGAUUCAUUUGAACUCAGACUCGGUUCAAAAGAAUCGUUUGGAAGUAACCGAUUGGUUCCCGAGUCGGACAUCGCUACUAGCGACCGUCAUAUUGGCUGUCAAGAAGAAGGAAGACACGGGCGAGAGAGGAGGCUCUUCGGAGAGCUGGCCCCGGAUCAAAUGGGCAUUCCAGAGCACAGGAAUGAUCUCCAAAACCGACGGAUUCCCUCAUGAGUGUGUAAAAAACGGAGCUCGGGAAUGAGCAGCGCAGAUCUCGCGGGUUGUGUUCGCCUCGGGAGAGCUCGUGCGGGAGAGAGAGAGAGCUAGCGCUGCGAGUCUGACAUCUUUUUGAUAGCCAUCUUUUUCACAGACAAAAGAAGAAGAAGGCUACGAAGUGCUGGAUCCACGUAGAGGAGGUUGAAGUCUCCAGUGUAUGGAGAAAGUGAGGAAGAUGUGGAGCAACCUCAGGAACAGAUGUCACACUCUCUUCCACGCUAACGGUUCAGAGGCCAACAUAUGCAGCCUGGACAUGGAUCGUCUCCACUGUGUGGUGGACGUGAGCCAGGGACCACACGGAGGUGAGUCCCAGGCUGCUCGGGACUCGGGAGCUCAUUCCCAGGCUCCGGUGGUAAGUGGGGGACGGCGAAGCCACAACUGUGUGGCAGAUAUUCCCCAGAUUGUGGAGAUCACAGUCGACAAAGAGAACGAGGAUGUACGCAAGGUCCCGCUUGUACGGAGGGAUUCCUACUCGCGGCAUGCUCCCUGGGGUGGGAAGAAGAAGCACUCCUGCUCUACUAAAACUCAGAGCUCUCUGGAGGCCGACAGGCGGACAGGCCGUUCGAGAGGGGGGACGAGCAGGCGGGAACGUUGCUAUGGGACCAGUUCCAUCCAGGAGAUGAGCGACUCUGCCGGAGGAGUGGGUGGACGGAGCUUAAGUGUUCGUUCUGUAAGGCAGAGGCUGAAGGACACAGUAGGUUUAUGCCUACCUCUGCCGACACCCCGCCGCUCCCGGUCGGCCAAGAGCCAGGUUACCUCCAAGCGCAAGAUACACCUAACAGAACUGAUGCUGGAGACCUGCCCAUUCCCACCAGGCUCCGAUCUGGCCAACAAAUGGCACCUCAUUAAGCAACAUACAGCACCGGUCAGCCCGCAUUCUUCCACAGCGUUGCUGGAUGCUUUCGAUCCAGUGCGUUCCUCCCCAGAGGACGAGGAGGAGAGGCUCCGUGAACGCCGUAGACUCAGUAUAGAGGAAGGUGUUGACCCACCUCCAAAUGCGCAGAUCCACACACUGGAGGCCACAGCACAGAGAUCUGCCCUUUACAAACUGGGACCAAAGAUGGCGCCUGGUGCUGGGGAAGGAGCUGGGGAUGUCCGGAGCAUGGGUAGUGGAAGCUCUUUUUCGGGUGGGUUCUCUGGGAAAGUGGCCCAGGUCGGGGCAAGCAUGACUUUGCCAUCCCAUGCUGCAGACUGUGACUCCGAGGAGGACUCUACGACUCUGUGCUUACAGGCACGGAGGACUAAGCAGAGGCACGCCUCUGGGGACGGGCACUCCACCAGGCAGUCGGGACCCUGGAAGGUUCACACACAGAUUGAUUUUAUCCAUUGCUUAGUUCCUGACCUGCUGGCCAUCACAGCACUUCCGUGCUACUGGGGCGUGAUGGAUCGCUACCAGGCGGAGGCACUGCUUGAUGGUCGGCCAGAGGGCACCUUCCUUCUGCGGGACUCUGCCCAAGAGGACUACUUGUUUUCCGUUAGCUUCCGCCGUUACAACCGCUCGUUGCAUGCACGCAUCGAACAGUGGAACCACAACUUCAGCUUCGACGCGCACGAUCCCUGCGUCUUCCACUCCUCCACAGUCACAGGUUUGCUGGAGCACUACAAAGAUCCAAGCGCUUGUAUGUUCUUUGAGCCGCUACUCACAGCUCCCCUGCACAGAACCUUCCCUUUCAGCCUGCAGCAUCUGGCACGUGCUGCCAUCUGCAGUCAGACCACCUACGAUGGCAUUGGUGCCCUGCCAUUGCCACCAGCCAUGCAGGACUUCCUAAAGGAGUAUCACUACAAACAGAAAGUUCGCGUUCGCUGGCUAGAGAGAGAGCUGCCACUCAAGGUCAAAUGAGGCCUGGCUCUCUGUGCUGUGGAGCUGUGGAGGCACGAGACUCUCAGCCAACAGGAAUGUGCGUGGAUCACAUCAUCCCUCGUUCAGCUGGCUUUAGGUGUGGAAAAAAGGAGAGGUUUUGAACUGCCAAUAUUCAGUUGUUUUAGUUCAUACUUACUUCACCUGGAAUAUGCAUUGCUAACAACCAGUAUACACUAUCUGGCAAGCAUGUGUUUAAGUGUUCAACAGGUUUGGAUUGGAAUAGUUUCUUCCUAUCUGCUCAGUUUCUCUGACCAUAUCUACCGGAUCUACUUUAGCCUGUCUGCUAAACUGCCUGCACAACCCUGCGUCCUCUCUGCAAUUAAACUCAUUUGGAGGAAUGAAAGAGUCUUCUUAUACUAAUUAGUCCCAGAUAUUUACUCAUGAAAUAGACAUCCAUUUUACUGUUCAGUUAAAUACUGACAUAAUCAAUUUCAGAUCAUUUUAAAGCUGGCCACACAAGGCUACACGCAACUUUCUCGAGAACUAAUAUUUACAUAUAUGUAUUAUAUGAUUAUUUACUAAGUCAUAGCUAAUAUACCAGCAAUAAGUUCAAAAGAUUACUAUAUCCUCUUCAGUAUGGAGUUUCGUGAGGCAGCACUUAGAUCUCUGAACACUGGGCAGGGUCACACUUAGACAUGCACCUUUCAGCACUGAGCUCUUUGUUUUUAUUUUUUGUUUAUUUUUCAUGGGAGGCAGAAAUAAAAGGCACAAAUUAACUGCAUGAGGAGGAGGAGGAAAUUGCCAGUUGGAGGCAGUGAUCAUUUCCUGUUGCCUACAGCUACGCAGAGACGACUAACCAAUACGCAGGCAUAGUUGACUGUGCGCCAGCAGAUAGAUACUGUAGGUGUGUUAUCUAAAAUUGGCUUUUGAAGGGGUGUUAUCUCCUCUCUCAGCACAGUCACAAGUCUGUUCCGGUUCUGAACGAGGGUCUCAACUGUAAAACACAGGCACUUUGUCACUUGUUUAGAAAAAAACAAUUUCGUGGACUGAACAUAUGCAGUAUCAGACUAUAAUAGUAUUAUUAAUUCUUUGUUACUUUUCCCUUUACGGGGCAUAACUUGAGUUCAUGUCUGCAGCUCGCUGUCAUCUUCUCUUUAUUCAGGGCAUGAAUCAAUGGUCUGUGUGCUUCACGCUUGUUUAACAUUUUGGGAUAUGAUCUUGUUCUGUCAGUCAUCCUUCAGUCUGUCCAGAUGUUUUAUUCUAAAAAAAAAAAACAUGUUGGUUUCAAUCUGUGGUUUUAUGGGCAAGACAAAACUGAUAUUUCAGUCAAAUUACGUCAACCUGAAAUGGAAGUUGUAACCAUAUCAGUGUGGGUAAUAAGGAACGCAAACUAACAAGUAAAAAAAAAAAAACACUUAAAAAGUCAAUUGUUUUUAUUUUACAUUGACUUCAAGGCCUGUACUAGUACCUCACUAUUACUGUUUUCACUGUAGACAAAGCAUGAAUACACAGAGAUGCCAUUGUAUACUUGUUUAAAGUAUUGAUGUCCUGUUUUCUUAUCAAAUGUGGUUAGUUCCACUUGCGUUGCACUUUUUCCCAUUGUGAAGCAUAUAGCUACAAUAUGCUUCCUUUGUCAUUUUGUGUGCACUAAAAAUGAGAUUCCUUUAACACUGUAAAAGAAAAGAAUGGCUUGGUCAACUUAAUCAUAUAGCCUGAUUAGAGUUGGGUGGUAUAACUGUAAUGCCAUUUACCAUAGUACCUCAAAAUUCAACAUGUUUGAAGCAUGAGGUUAACAUGUUUGUGCUGAGUCUAUUUAAUACAUGGCCAUAAUGUGUAGCUGUAAGGUGGAAAAUCAAAAAACAAGCGAGAGAGAGAGAAAAAGAAAGCUAACAAACAUUAGCAGCAUUCAGAAUUGCUAUUACAGAAAUAGUGCACGAUGUGGUGUGUCUAGGGCUGGAUAAUGUUUUACAUUUUUCAAUACCAGUACCGAUACAAUCCUUUUUUUGAUACCUUUUUUAAAAUUGUAACCAAAAAUACAAAAAAAAAACUAAUUAUUUUCACACAACAUAUUUACUUAACAUGAGUAAUCUCAUUCUCUUACUGCCAUCAUGAGAGACUUCAUCGUUUGGGAUCUUGUUGGAACAAACAGUGAGCAUCUUUGUGGCGCUUUAUUAAGAAAAAAAAAUCCUUGAUUUGUACUUGAACUACAAAUAUUUUUCCUACGUAUAUUGCUUUAUGCAUUUUAGUUUUAAAAAUUCUUUUAAAAAAUAUCAGCAUUCCGGUUGUGUUUCCCAGGGUGGCGCCGCAGUUGGUUUUACCUCGCUGUGCACUCUCUCUGCAUUUGGCGGGUUUCAUGCAAAGUAUCAAAGAGAGGCACCUCUUUUUAUUUAUUUAUUUAUUUUUACCUUUUUAAUCUUUGGUCGGUGCCAUUUUGGUAUCAAAUUUCGAUUCCCAGCCCUAGGUUUGUCUGCCACUUUGUAGUGCUGUUCGAAAUCUCAACAGUACAUUUUAUUCCCUAUAUAGUUUGCUAUCAAAUGCCUAUAAUGUAGCACAAAUUGUUGUGUACAGAGGAUGUAUGUUAGAAUUGCCAGACAAGAGUCAUGCAUCAUUCAAAUUAGUGCAUCAUUUUGCGUGUGUAAAUUUCCUUCUCAUAAGCACAACUGUGAAACUCACAAGCAUUAAAAAAAAGAAAUUGUGUGCACUCUCCAAAUAAUUUUUUUACCUUUACAAGUUUUUUUUCCAUUUCUUCUUGAAAUCACAGUUGUCCUCACUCACUAUGCGCAUUGCCGGCGGCUGCUCUUUUUGCUCGAGUGUGGUUUUUGCGCACGAGUAUAGAAAGUGGUGUUUUUUACAGUUUGGGGGCUGGGUCAGAGUAAUCUCCCUCAGUGAAUGCUAUUGGCUGAUAUCUCCAGGUUUUGUGAGUGACCGCCUGCUAGGAACAUGCUUCAGAAAGCAAAGACAAAGGAGGGCGAGAAAGAAGGACAGCAGGAGGAGAGUUAGUUAGCUAAGCUAAAAGCCAAGUUUGGGUUUAUCUAAAUAAUAGUAGUAAUAUUAUUGUAAUAGUAGUCUUUCUUUCUUAAAGCUGGUUAUUUAAACAAUAUAUUUAAAUGAGCCACUCUCAUUGAACACCAACACGCUCGUGAGAAGAUAAUAAACACACGCAAUAUGUUAAAACUCACAGGUUUCUUUUUUUUUUUUUCACCUGGUGUUUUUGCAUCCCUGACUUUUGACAUUGAUGUAACGCCAUACUUUCCCAUCUAAAUACUUAUAAGGAGAGUAGAUUAAACUAUACUGUGUGUUUGAUUGUUUUUCAGUUUUAAAUAGCAAUGCAAAAUGAGAUAUUAAAGAAGCUACGUGACAUAGGACCAUUUGUACUACUUGAGCAGCUUACGCUACUCUCUGCCACUAGUAAUAACAUAUUCUACGCUAAAAUCUUAAGACGGUAUGAUGGUAUUAAAAAAGUGGAUACCGCCCAACCCUAAGUCUAAUACCUAAUACAUAUGGUUGCUGUCAUGCAAAAAAACUUCUAUUUCCAAAUGACAACUUUGCAGAGGAAAGAAAAUACCUUCAGCUGCCAGAUUUAAAAAAUGUAAAAAAUGACAAAAAAUGUCAAAAAUGACGGAAAGUGACGUACAAGGUUUUGUGUAACAGCGACAAUAUGCUUUAUUUGUUGGUAUGAAUGGUGAAUAUUUUUGAUAUGGGACAAAUAAAGGCCAACCUUAAGUCAAGUCUCAGUUCAACAUCAUAACAAGUUGGAAUAUCAUUUUAAUAUGGAAAUAUGCUCAGGUCCACUCAUCUUAUGCAUAACGGUAUAUUACCAAGGACGUUAUUGUUCAGUGUUUGUAUCUUUUAGGAUCACUGACCAAAGGUGUGUCUGUGUGCUUAACCUGUAUUAGUGAUCUUUUCAGCCAUGUCCUCUCAAACCUUAUCAUAUUAUAUGUUGAAAGAACAAGAGAAAGUAAAAAUGCAUCAUCAGUAGUAGGCUGUAGCUUCCGUUGCAACUGAAACAGUCCACAGGAACCUUGUUUGUUGGUGCAGUCUGGACGCAAGCGCCCUUUAUUCUCUCUGUUUGCUGUAGUCUAGGAAGCGCUUUCAACAGCAGCGGUUUAGGGCCAAAUUAAAAAAAUAAAUAAUAAUAAACUAGUAGACUUUGAGAACAAAUGGUGAAUAUUUUGGAAAUAAAGUCAUGAUAUUUCUAUAUUUAUAUUUUUAAGUAUAAUGUUAUAACAUUUCACACAGUAACAAUAAGUCAUACAACAUUAAAGUGAUCUUGCUACCAGGAAAAGUACUAAUACUUUUGUAUUAGUUACACCAAUAAGAAACACUUACUGGGCCUUAUGCCGCAGUGCACAAACCCAAUUUUUAAAUUAACAAUAAACACAGAUAUAAAAAAAUAACUUUGCUGUUCCUUUACAGCAUAAACACGCAGGUCACUUUCCCCUGCUGAGAUGUGCAUUAAAAUACCAAUCCACCAAAGUCAGAGCGCAUUUAGCCCUUAAACGGAAUAGCAAGUAACGCGCUGAUUGGUUUAUUUCAUGUUACGCCCAAAACAAACCCAUGAUUCAUUAAGAGAAUAUGUACAUGUCUUUUGUGCAUUUAAAGCAGAGCAAGACAUAUUUUUUGCGUCCUCAUGAUACCAAAGAAACAUUGCCGCCCUAAAUCAAGCCGCACUGUUGACGGCUCGCCUACAGAUCGCAAAAUUUGACCCAAUCUCUUGGCACACCAGCGUCAGCAAAUAUUACUUUAUUCUUUACUCUCAAAACAUAACUUAAAACACUGUGCUUUUAUUUUGGAAAUAUUACGACUUUAUUCUCAAAAUAUUAAAGUCUACCCGUAUUUUCUUUUUUUCAGUGCCCCUGAAACACUGUUAUAAUUUUGAAUGACAAACUACAAGAAAAAAAAAAACACUAAUUUGGCCAGCGUUGUGAUUUGUGUGCAGAUGAAAGCCUUUAGGUUUGGAAGGUGUGGAUGUUACCAGACGUUAGUUAGCACCCGUGUUCUCAGUGACAGCAUGUGCCUUAAUCUCUCCAUCUCCUGCUUUCACACUCAGGUUCUGUGCUUUAGAACGUGGCCUGCUCACACACACACACACACAGGUCUUUCUGUGCUACCAGUCAGCAAAUGAGUCUCUCUCUCUCUCUCUCCCUGGCAGAGUUACACCCUGCCCUGCCCUACAGGCGCUAAUCACAGGCUAAAUUUACUAAGCUAGCCUCUAAAUUUACCACCUGCUAAAAGGACCGGUCUGUGUUUCUUGAUGGGUUUUUAUGAAAAUAUAGAGUAGAGAGCCUUUUUUUUUUUUUUUUAACCCCCCUCCCUCCCGGGUCUGACCACAUCCUCAUCAUCAACCUCUUUUUUUUGGGAUACGUCGAGCUGAAAGCAGAAAUUCUGUUGUUUGUGUAGUCUGCUUGGCCUCCACAGUGUUUGGGAGCUAUGCUAAAGUUAGCAUUAGCAGGAGGCUAACACACAGGGCACCAUUGAGACGUUUUGAGUGCUCUGGUGUCUUGCCGUGGGGAGUCGGUCGAGGUAAAAAAAAAUAAAAAUAAAAUAAAAAAAGGACAGAAAAACCCUCUGUCGGUCAUUAUUUGGUUAAGGCUGGAGAGAAGACGUUUGAGGGGCCUGCAGCCAUUGUGGAUUUUCGUACACUCCCCCUGCCAUUCAGGCAUUGUUGGAAGUAGUGAAAAUCCGUCAGCCAUGGCAACAGAGAAUAAAAGGGGUCUUUUCUGAAGAUUCUUUAGAACUGUGCCUGGUAAUUAUGAUCUAGAGCUGCGUGGUUUUCUGUAUCGAAUGGUUCGAACGAGCCUCUCUGUACUUGGGGGGUCUGAGGCUCUUCCUGCACUUUGUUCCCUAUGGGAAAUGGCAUGUGUCAGACUUUGAAGUACCACAUGUUGCCCAUAUGAACUGUAAAGCAGAUGCUGACUGUGCCACGACUGCUGAAGAAUAGGAUAGGCUAGGCUGGGUGAUCUGUUUCGUUUAUUGGUGGAAAAGCUGGUGGAGCUCCGUUUUGACCUAAAAAUGAGAGACUAAUGCUGCGUCCCAAUUGCGUUCUACAUACUAAUAAUAUAAGGGUAUAUAAUAUACAGUAUCAAUUUACAUUUCAAAUAAAGUCAUCCAAAUAUAAAAAAUAUAUAUUUUUUUAGUAAACAAAAAGUGUUAAACAAAUCAGAACAUGUUUUGUAUUUCAGAUUCUUCCAAGUAGGCUGGAUUUUUUUCUUGGUCAGCUUUAUGAGGUAGAGACACCUGGAAUUCAGGCUUUCAGUUAACAGCUGUGCUGAGCUUGUCAAGAGUUAGUUACUUAAAUUUUUUGUCUUAAUGUGUUUGAGAGCACCAGUUGGAAAGUUGUGAAGAGGUAGAGUUGGUAUACAGUGAAUAUCUCUAUUUAAGUAAUGUUCUAAUCCAUAUUAUGGAAAGAACUAUUUAACUCAAACUUUUAAGAACUUUUAUCAAGUGCAAGUUGCAAAGACCAUCUAAAAUGUUAUGAUGAAACUGGCUCUCAUCAGGACUGCACCAGAAAAGGAAGACAAUGGGUUGCCUUUGUUGCACAGGAAAAGUUAAUCAGAAUGCAGGUUAACAGCACCCCAGAUAAAUGCUUCAGAGUAUUUUGGUUUGUUUGACACUUUUAAGUUUACUACAUGAUUUCUGUAUUAUGUGUCUGGAUGACUUAUAGUCAGAAUUAAUUUACAAAGAACAUAAAACCAUUAAAUGAGGAGGUGUGUCCAAACUUUUGGCUGGUACUGUUGUAUACUGAUCUUAAUAGUGUGGGUUGGCAAGUUGGAACACUACAUAUUAAAAUAUUGAUUAGGGAUACAAUAUCUGGCAACGAAAUAAUUGGCUCAAUGAAAAGCUUCUAAAAAAAAGACCAAACAAUAUAUACUGAACAAAAUAAAAGUGGCAAAAAAUUAUAAAAAAAAUGUUAUUCAGUAUUUUGCCUUUCUGGUUUAAUUUUAUUAGGUACAAUUUAAGCAAAAAUUGCAUCUGUUAGUCCCUAGUUACCAACCCAUUUUAAACUAGAAGGUAGCAACAAAACAAUGCUCUGUCAUCACGUGUUAUUGUACAUUCUUUAACCUCUGCAUUGUUUUCCAAUAUUGUUCCUGACAUGAGCAGUUCCUCCCUUUCUGUUUCGCAUUGCACUGUGGGAUAAUCGUGUCCUUCGUAACCACACUGACCGGUUCUAAAUAUAUUUUGUUGAUUAUAAUUAAGUUUACUCACCUUUUUUUUUUUUUGGACACUUUUAUCUAUACUACACACUUCAUAUUCAAACACUAGUUAAUAUUAGUAAUUAGUACGCAGUUGGGACAUACCCAAAGUGGUCUCCUGAUGUCAGUUCUAUGUUAGUAAGAGAUUGAAAGAUUUAUCCAUUAUUAAUUUAUAUAAAUAAUUUAUUAGAGCGUCAGAACUCACAUGGAGCGUCUUCUCUUGUGUAAAACUGAACGAUAUGAAACUGAAUUAUUUUUAUUCAGCCCACCCCCACUUUUGCCCCUAGAUUAACCAUAGCUUGGCAUCAAGGCUAAGCUUUGACCUUACAGACAUUGGAUUUGUAAGUAUUUUAGCAUUAGAGUCGAGGGAGAGUUGUAUAAUACUUUUAUGCAAACCUAGUAACAAAAUGGUUGUUAUUUUUACAUAAAUCUUAUCCCUAAUAUGCAAGGAGUGUGAUGUAACCGUGGUUGCUAUACUGUCACUUUAAUGCUGUGCGUGCACAUUUGUUGCUAUAUGAAUGCAGGCUCUUUGGUGACAGGGCUUGACAAUGAUGGGGACUAAUGGUUGUCAUUCUGCAUCCAACAAGGCCUUGUCUGACCAAUCGCAACAUCCAGCCCAGCACUACAGGCUGACGAGCGCUCAUCAGACGACUAGAUCCUAACUCUAAUUAUCUUCCUCCUUCCUUUUGUUCUUUCUCUCGUUCCAUCAGCUGAUGUCAGGAUAAAACUGGAGCGUUUGAAUGGGGAAGAUGUUCACAUUUCAGUAUCUGUGUUUAAACCCUGCUCUCCUUUCCCCCGCUGGUGUUGUUUUUUUUUUUUUUUUCGUUUUUUUUUCUUUCCACUUUCAUUCUUUUGUCUUCAACUUCUGUUGCAUUUUGAAAUCCAGUGGAUACAAUGCUUGUAGUUGUCACUCUUGGUGCUUUGCGAAUGCUUCAUUGUCUUAAUAUUACAAAUAAAAUUGUCAAGUGUA